AUGCGUCCUGCGCUCCUCGCUUCUCCUCUCCGCCUCCCCCCGAGCUCGUCUCAUAGCCAUGUCUCCCCGCCGUGCCUCCUCCCCCCCUGCGCGCGCCAGUCUGUUUCUACCGGUGCUGCGCAACUGGGAGGGCACGUGGGCGCUGCCCCCGCUGCACGCGGUGGUGCACGACCUGCGCGUGCUGGCGGAGAAGGGGAGCAGGCGGACAUGGAGCAGAGGGCAGCGGGCAAGUCACCGGAUAAGCUCAAGGCAGCAGCGUUGUUCCUCAUGAAGGUCUUUGGAGCCAUCGCUGGCAAGGGCCCUAAGAAGGUGGGGUCGCUCUAUGUGGCGUGUCAACUCUUCAAGAUCUACUUCAAGCUGGGGACGUUGAAUCUGAGCAAGAGCAUCAUCCGUGUGAUUGACUCCUCCAAGGGCUUUGAUGAUUACCCGGCCAGAGAUCAGGUGACCUACAAGUACUACACAGGGCGCCUUGACGUGUUCAAUGAUGCCUUCCUGCUCGUACUGCGCCUGUCACUGGGCCACCUGCCCUCGCCUCAACUGCUGCGCAACCACCACCUGCAAGAGUAUGAGGGCAUCGUGCAGGCCAUGCGAACAGGCGACGUGCGACUGCUGAGAGACACACUCAGUGCCAAUGAGGACAGGUUCCUACGGGCGGGGGUGUAUCUGCUGCUGGAGAAGCUCGAGCUGCAUGUCCAUGUGCUGCAGAGAGCCAAGGACCCAGCGCGAGCGCACCAGGUGCGGCUGGAGGUGGUGGUGCGGGCGCUGGCGGGGCGGGGAGUGGCAGUGGACGUGGACGAGUUGGAGGGGCUGGUGGCGACACUGAUAGCGCUGGGGUUCGUGAAGGGGUACCUGUCGCACAAGAGCAAGGUCGUUGUUCUCAGCAAGCAGGACCCCUUCCCGCGCCUCACUGGCCGCGUGCUCCUCUGA